GCUUCAGGCAUGCCAGCAAGCACUCGCAGCAACUCUCACGCAGGGGAGGUGGAUACUCCCAACAAGAAGAGAAAGAUUCAGUCAGAGGAACGCAUAGACUCGCUCCAGGCUGCGCCAGAGAUCGGCGAGCGGUCCAAGGACCUCUGGUUUGACGACGGCAGUGUCAUUGUCGCAGCCAAGGACAGGGCCUUCAAGGUACACGCAAGUGUCUUGAUGCUUCGUUCUGAGGUUUUCAAAGAACUUUUGAACGGCCCGGCCCUUGCGCAGCUUCCAGAGAAGCUGGAGGGCUGCCCUGUCCUGCGCGUGGAGGACGAAGGCCGCGACUUCGAAUAUCUGCUCGCUAUUAUAUACAAUGGAGGAAACAGUCUAAGACCACCGAUUGAUUAUACCGAGUUCCGCGUGGUCGUGGCUGUCGCCGUGAAAUACAAGGUCAAGGAAAUCAUCAACGAGCCGAUAUACAGGCUGUCGCAAGUAUUUCCUACAGGCAGCGUAGACGACUGGGACCCCGAUCUUCGACCUGACGGCGACAAGACACCUAUCGCGCUUGUCAGAGACGACUGCAUCGACGUCCUCAGCAUCGCACGCCUCUUGAACAUGAAUUCGAUACUUCCACUGGUAUUCUACACAUGCUGCAACAUUGAAGAGAUGGCAGCGAUAUCAUGGGGCGUCAACCACGGGGAUGGUCCAGAGUUCGGCCAUAUCAGCGAGGAAGACUUGCACACGUACCUCGAGGGUCGUCAAGCACUCAUGAAAGAGACAAAGAAGCUGGCAGGAUACCCUGCCAACUGCACCACACGACCACAAUGUCUCCUCACGUUCCAAAACCUGAGUUUCGCCGCGCUGGACGCUGACUUCUACCAUGAACCUUCGCCGAUCAACGGCAUGGAUGCGUGGUUAGACACCGCUAAAGAGAAGCCGAACGCGAAACCUUGCAGACACUGCGAUAAAGUCCUCAGGAAGUUCAUUAAUGGACGGCGGGAGGAGGCGUGGUGCAAGCUUGGGGACAUUUUUUGCAUUGCAGAGUGGCCAGCUGGGCAGCCGACACAUUCGGAGCUGAAUGGUUGUGUCAAGCAGCAAGGAGGCAACAAUGCACCUGCUGGUGCUGGUGCUGGUGCGGCUCCUAAAAAUACGGCUGCUGCUGCAUCUUAGCGAUCCCAAACCCGGAUAUCUGGAUUUCCC